AUGCUGUCCCACCCUGGGCUCCAGCUCCAAGUCCUCUGGGCCCAGCUCAUUGCGCGGUACGGGCCAUACAAGGUGGACUUCUUUGGCGGUGUGCUUGUCCAGAUCUUCUCCUUUUGGAUCACGUCGGCCUUUUACAUUUCCCUCCCUUACCUCUUCCCGGCCUUCUCGGAGCGGCACAAGAUCCAGCCGGCCCCGCGGCAGCCCACCGGCGCCGAGAUCCGGCACUGCCUCGUCUACGUCCUCCGCAACGAGCUGAUCACCCGGGCCAUCGCCCUCGCAGGCACCCUCUCCGCCGCCGCCGGCCGCCGUCCCCCGCUCUUCCGAGUGGACCCGGCCCUGCCCGCGCCGGCCGAGUUCGCGCGGGACCUGGUCGUCUGCUGGCUGCUGCGCGAGGUGCUCUUCUACUACUCGCACCGCCUGCUGCACUCGCCGCGGCUCUACCGGGUCAUUCACAAGACGCACCACCGGUUCACGGCGCCCGUGGCCCUGGCGGCGCAGUACGCGCACCCGGCCGAGCACGUCGUGGCCAACGUGCUGCCGAUCGCGCUGCCGCCGGCGGCGCUGGGCGCGCACGUCCUGACGGCCUGGGCCUUUUUCGCCUGGCAGCUCGUCGAGACGGCCACGGUGCACAGCGGCUACGACUUCUUUGCCGGCGCGGCGCGCAAGCACGACGCCCACCACGAGAAGUUCAAUCUGAACUACGGCGUCAUUGGCAUCAUGGACUGGAUCCACGGCACGAACGCGCUCAAGAAAAGGCGCAACGACAAGGCAAACGGAAAUCUGGCGGGAGACAAGAAGGAGUAA